AUGACGUCAUCAGCGAUCGGCAAGUGCACCAGUGACGUCAGCGGCUCUCUGCUGCGCGCCAAGCUGCUCCCCUGGGCUGCCGCCGCCUUGUUUUCCGCCACUUCCCGCGCGUUCUCCGCCGCCAGCAGCAGCGCCGGGCGUUGCGCGCAAGCUGGGGGAGGCGCGGGCGAGGGGGCAGGCGGCGCGGCGGAGGGAUCCGGCGGAGGGGGGAACCUCGCGGCGAUCAAGGAGCUCCGCGCGCGCACGGGCGCGCCGGUGAAGGACGUGAAGGCGGCGCUGGUGGCGGCCGGGUGGGAUCUGGACGCGGCGUUCACGGAGCUCAGAAGGCGGGGGCUGGCAGCGGCGCAGAAGAAGCGGGCGCGGGUGGCAGCGGAGGGGCUGGUGGGCGUGGCGGUGCGGCGGGGCGUGGGGGCGGUGGCGGUGGAGGUGAACAGUGAAACGGACUUCGUUGCCCGCAACGACCUCUUCCAGCUUCUUGUUUCCAAGGCAGCAGCCGCAGCAUUGAGCCUUUCCCCGUCCUCCUCCUCUUCCUCCUCCCCCUCCUCUCUCCCUCUCCCUCUUCCUCUGGCGAACCUUGAGCAAGCCACGGUGUCAUUUGACCACCCAAAGCUGUCGGGAAGCCGCCAGCUGGCAGACGCGGUGGCUGAGGUGGCAGCGCUGACCGGGGAGAACGUGCGCCUGCGCCGAGCCUUCCUGCUUCCCGAGCCUCGGCCGUUUGGCUCGGUGGCCACGUACCUGCACAGCAGCCCCGGGGCUGGCUUGGGGCGGAUUGCUGGUCUUGUGCGAGAGGACGUGCCGGGGGAGGUGGUGGAGAGGGAGAGUGAUGUGCUGCGAGCCCAGGCUGUGGCAGCGGGCAAGCCAGCAAGUGUGGUGGAAAAGAUGGUGGCGGGGCGGCUGGGCAAGUUCUACGGGGAGGUGGUGCUGCUGGAGCAGGCUUAUGCACUGGACGACAAGAGAACGGUGCAGAAAGUGGUUGCAGAAGCUUCCAAGAAGGCUGGGGCAACAAUCCAAGUGGAGCAGAUCUUACGGCUGGAGGUUGGGGAAGGCAUUGAAAGGGAGGCCAAGGACUUUGCAUCCGAAGUGGCAUCACAGGUGGCAUCGUCCUCGUGA